UAUGGCUUCUCGGUGUCCAAGAGAUUGCAAGAAGAAGAUGCGCCUGAGCGGCCGGCACGGACCACAUGCAUAGCAGGCCGAUCUGUGCGAUAGUUCCCCCUCUUGCCUUGUCUAGUUUCUUGCCAAAUUGCUAUUUUCAUGUGGAACUGUAUCCGGCGCGGCGUAGAGACUGAGUAGCUGUAACCGGACAGGGCGAAGCAGUCACUGAGAGGAGUUAGGCAUCACGUUGCACCGGAUGUCAUUACACGCUCUUGAAUAUCGAGGAGUGUAAUCAAGACCAAAGGCAGAGCCAUGGAGGUUGUUUCUCAUUUUGUGAAUGACAGUGUAGAAUUCUACAAAUGGAGCCUUACUAUAGCAGACAAGCGGGUAGAGAACUGGCCAAUGAUGUCAUCUCCCUUCCCUACACUGGCCAUCAGCUGCCUGUACCUGCUCUUCCUGUGGGCAGGGCCUAGAUACAUGCAAGACAGGCAGCCCUAUACGCUCAGGAAGACCCUCAUAGUCUACAACUUCAGCAUGGUGGUUCUCAACUUCUACAUCGCCAAAGAGCUCCUACUAGGCUCCAGAGCAGCAGGAUACAGCUACCUCUGUCAGCCUGUCAACUACUCAGAUGACGUCAAUGAAGUCAGGAUAGCAUCUGCUCUUUGGUGGUACUAUAUUUCUAAGGGAGUUGAAUUCCUGGAUACAGUUUUCUUCAUCUUGAGGAAGAAGUUCAACCAGGUCAGCUUCCUCCACGUUUACCACCACUGCACCAUGUUCAUCCUCUGGUGGAUUGGCAUCAAAUGGGUCCCUGGUGGACAAUCUUUUUUUGGUGCGACCAUCAACUCUUCCAUCCACGUCCUCAUGUAUGGGUACUACGGCCUGGCAGCCUUGGGACCUCAGAUGCAGAAGUACCUCUGGUGGAAGAAAUACCUCACCAUCAUUCAGAUGAUCCAGUUCCAUGUGACCAUCGGCCACGCCGGACACUCCCUCUACACAGGCUGUCCUUUCCCAGCCUGGAUGCAGUGGGCUCUAAUUGGCUACGCUGUCACAUUCAUCAUCCUGUUCGCCAACUUCUACUACCACGCUUACCGUCACAAACCGGCGUCCACCCACAAGGGAGACAAGCCUGUCACAAACGGUGUCUCCACGGCAACCAAUGGUCACAGCAAAGUGGAGGAGGUGGAGGAUAACGGAAAGAGGCAGAAGAAGGGAAGAGCGAAAAGGGAGUAAAGAGGAAAAGAGGGCUCUCCCCGUGACAAACAACAAGACAGCUGUGUUAAGGGCCAGGGAAGGAGGGAGGGGUGCAGAAAGGGUCAAAGACAGGUUCAAACACCAGACGAGUCUCCACCAUCCCUGCAGAUAAUAUGUAGGAGGAUGUGAUUUGUGAUCAACUUGAGGCAGGGAAGGGGGUAGCAGUGUGUGUGUGUUGGUGUGUCUGUAAUGGGCUUUGGUCCGGGAGGGGUGUGGGACAGGGGUGUUGGUUAUCUCCAUAACAGUUCUUUUUUACAAUAAGAAAAAUGCUGAUCACGUAGGCUCUGUGCUGUUCUGUCCAGUGGUGUUUUGGAUCAUUCUAGGACCAAAAUGCAAUCACAGGGACCCACAAGCUGCUCAGCAUCCACUACCUUAUCAACCAAAAUCCACCUCCACCUUUUGUACUCUGGAUUCCAAUACUGUUUGAACUAAAAGCUUAAAUAGUCAGUAAUAUGCUCCUUUAUUUUGUAGUGCUGUAAAAGAGUUUUUAUUUAGGUAUUAAAAGCAAACAAAUAUGCAGAAGUUUAUACCAAAGAUGGUUAUUUUUCUUUUGUUCAUGGUUGGGGGGAUAUAUACGUAUAUGUAUAAAUAUAUAAAUAUAUAUACAUAUAUAUACACACACACACAAACACAUAUAUAGCUACAGAGAUGUUACCAGUUUACACUACUGCCGUUUGCCGUUUACUACUACUGGUAACAUGCAGGUUGAGAAGCGGUUGUUGGACACUACCCACCCUCUCAAAUAUGUUAUGCACUUUCCAUCUUUUGCUGUCUGACUUAACUUUGCUGCAGUUCAGGAAAGGAAUGACAUCUUGUUUUGUUUGUAUUCAUGGUGAACUAAAAACUUGAUUCAAAAUGUGCACGGGGAAAACCAUAGAUUUUUCUUUUUUUAGUUUUAAAAUGUGUGGCUAUCUUUGUUAUAUCUAUUUUUGUGGGUCCUGACAAUUUAUAUCUUUUUUUUUUUUUUUUUUUUUGCUGUGCAAUGUAGCUCAAGUGCAAGCGUCAGAGAGGGAAAUUCAGCUCAGUUUUGUUUCACUGCCACUUAGGACUGAAAGGAAACUCAUCCUGACAAGAGCUUGUUCUUUUUUUUUUUUCUUUCUUUUUUUUUUUUUUUUUAAGAAAACAAACAGUAUUUUCAUUGUUUUAUUAUUGAAAUGAAACCUACGCAGCUUCUGGCUGCAGAUAUAAUGGAAAUAAAGAGGAUGCCAGCACCCCAAA